AUGCCAGUCAUCACUAACAUCUCUGAAGAACCCUUCUACUUCAUCCUUACGGGCAUCCCGGGUUUGGAGGCCAUGCAUAUUUGGGUCUCCAUCCCCUUCUGCUGCCUAUACAUGAUCUCCAUCUUGGGUAACACCACCAUCCUGGCUGUCAUUCAGACAGAGUCCUCGCUCCACCAACCCAUGUACCUGUUCCUCUCCAUGCUGGCACUAACUGACCUGGGCCUCACCCUCACCACUCUGCCCACAGUCAUGCAACUCCUCUGGUUCAAUGUCCAGGAAAUUAGCUUUGAGGCCUGCUUUGCCCAGUUUUUCUUCCUUCAUGGUUUCUCCUUUAUGGAGUCUUCAGUAUUGUUGGCCAUGGCUUAUGACCGUUUUGUUGCUAUCUGCCGCCCACUCCACUAUGCCUCUAUUCUCACAGAGACUGUCAUUGGCAGAAUUGGGAUAGCCAUCGUUAUCCGAUGUGUUUUGGCUGUCCUGCCCUCACUCUUCCUGCUCAAACGUCUGCCCUUUUGUCACUCUCAUCUCCUCUCCCACUCCUACUGCCUUCAUCAGGACAUGAUCCGCUUGGUAUGUGCUGACACUCGGAUCAAUAGUUGGUAUGGUUUUGUACUGGUAUUGCUCAUCAUCGUGCUUGACCCUCUCCUCAUUCUGGUCUCCUAUGGUUUGAUCUUGCACAGUGUCCUUGGCACUGCCUCCCACGCUGAGAGAAUUAAGGCGCUCAACAACUGCCUAUCCCACAUUCUAGCUGUACUCAUCCUUUACGUGCCCAUGGUGGGGUUGUCAAUGGUCCACCGCUUUGCCCGGCAUGCACCACCACUGGUUCAUGUGGUCAUGGCCAAUGUCUACUUGCUAUCACCCCCUGUGAUGAACCCCAUUAUCUACAGUGUGAAAACUAAGCAGAUUCGCCAGGGUAUCCACCGACUCCUUUUUCAAGGAAAAGUGCACUAGAGAUUAGGGAGAGUGAAGUAUUGAACUACUUGUGAUAUAUUAUGACAGGGUAGAGCAGAAGGUAUAGCCAGCGUCAAUAGUAGGUAACCUAAGUUCUGGAGUUAUGGGGAAAAUCCAUGACAAUAGAAACCACAUUGUAGUUGGAAAAAUAAUUUUGUGAAAUGACAGAAUAGAUAAAUAUCAGGGACAAUCUUUCCUUUCUAACAGAAAACUCUAGCAAUAUUUCUGAAGAGUAUUCAAUGACACGGAAAACUCCUAGGAUUAUGAUUUUGAUCAGUGUAGAAGCCUCCCUGAGACAGGCCAUGGUUAUACAUUUCAUACCACAGCAUUAUAAAUGUAAAGUUAGAAGAGUUUUGAAACGUUGGCAAGCCUAAUAUCAUAUUUUUACAGCUGAGGAAACUAAGGUCAGGGAGGUUAAGCAAGUUCUUUGUCUGGGCUCAGCAACUGGUUCAUAUAUGAGAUGUCAUACAAGAAUUUAGCUACUGGGUGUUGAGCAACAUGUAGGAACAAAUAAGGAAAUUCGAAUGUAUAGGUUCAAGUACAAGUUACUAUAGGUCUUAAACUGAGAGAGAUCUAUUCAAUCUGUAUUUAUGUACAUAAAUUAUUCUUCAAAGGUCCUUUUUGGUUCCAAGCUGUCCUCUUGCAUAAAGGGAUCUGAUAAGUCCCAUUUUUCCCAGGACAGAUCAUCAGGCUUUUACCAAUAACAUAUAGACAGAUAUCUACUAGUAAAAAUAAAUGGAAAUAAAACCAGAAUUUUUUUUUCCUUUUUCUCCUAACUCUUGAAACCUUAUUACCAUGGAAUCAGAGCUUCAUUGUAAUAGUAAUGCUAUGAUUCAUUGCAAAAUAUUUGAGUUUCUCCUGCCCUCAGUGAUAGGAAUUUUCUUUGAAUGAAGGAAGAGGAACAAGUUGAAAUCAUAUUAGAAAUGCUUUAUCAGACCUGGGUUUGGCCCAUCAUAGAUAUGAUGAAACAAGAUUACCUCAGUUUUAUUUGAUCUCAGGAAUAUUUCUUUGGAAUGGGCCAAUUAAUUGAACAAAAUGUCAUAUCAUUCUAUAGAUAACAUAAUGAGAUUCUUUCUCUGAUAAUUGGCAAACUUUCUAAUUCAAUGGAUAAAAGAAAAUGGAGAAACUUAUUAAGGAAGGUGCUAGAAUUUACUUUCAUAACACCAUUAUCAUUGUUUCCAGUAACAGACAUCUACCUGGAACUAAUAUUUGGAGGUUCUUACCAGCAUUCCAUGUGGGCAUCUGGUGACAUCUUAAUUUUUACUCUAUAUUUGACUGAGUAACCCAUAUCCUUGCUAUGAAAUUUUAUCAAAUUUAAAUGGUAGUUUCAAACAGUUCUAUUUCACACACCAAAUUGCAUUUUUAAAACUUAGGUCAGGGUACAGGUGAAUCUCAAAUUAGUAUUAGUUUAUACAUUUGUAUUUGUAAUAUAAUACAUGACAGUUAUGAGUUGUCAUCUUUAAUAUUCAUUAAGCUUAUUCAAAGUAUUCUCUAGAGUUUCCCACUCC